AUGAUAACCAAGCUCGUACUUGCUCUUUCCACCUUCAGCCUCGCAGGCGCUUCUCAAUGGCCCCCUAUCUUCGACGGCCUUCUUCCCUUCGCCAAUGAGUCGGUGAUCCUCGACACUGACGACUACGCUCAUAUCCCCCAUCCAUUCCUCCCUGACCAUGGUGCACGCAUCAAGCGCGUUGACUGGUGCGACCACACUGUGAACACAUACACGGGCUACUUUGACCUCGGCGCAAGGCACCUGUUCUUUUACUUCUUUGAGAGUCGUUGCAAUCUCGAUACAGACGACGUCGUGUUGUUCACGCACGGCGGACCGGGUUGCUCGUCGUCCUUGGGGCUGCUGUUCGAGCAUGGACCGUGCCGCGUUACCGACGCUGCAGCUGGACCGGAGCCCUUCGCGUACUCGUGGAACAACGCGGCAAACGUACUCUUUCUUGACCAGCCCGUACAUACCGGGUUCUCGUACGCCGAAGAUGGUGAAGAGGCGAACACGACGGAAGAGGCCGCUGUAGAUGUGGCGAAAGCUGUGUUCUUGUUCUUUGGCGCGUAUAUGCUCUUGUGGACGAAAGAAGCCUUUCAUAUAGCCGGUAUAUCUUAUGGAGGACGCUACGUACCCAUUUUCGCAUCCGCGAUACAUGACCAGAACCCAGCCCUCAUCUCGCGCGAACAAACACCGAUCAAUCUCAACUCUAUCAUCCUUGGCAACGGCAAUACGGAUAUGAAUGCGCUCAGACAAGGCUCCUACGAAUUGGUUUGCACGUCAAAAGCAAGUACUGAGCUCGUAAUCCCAAUAAUGGACUGUGUACCCAUGAAACAGGAGGUGAAGGAAUGCAGGAGACAGAUGACGGAGUUUUGUGAAGACCGCUUCGACCUGGAGCCCUGCAAGGCUGCAUUCGACCGCUGUGACCAAGCAGUUAUGGGUCCCCUCCUGAAGACUGGUCUGACAGCUAACGAAGAAACGAUAGACCACGACGCGCAUGGG